AUGUUCUCGUCUUCUUCUUAUGCCUCGAAGCUGGUGGAGUCUGAGGAAGAGUUCACCAGCCUGCUAGAAAAGAAGUUCCAAGUGGACUCCAACGUGGGCAACGGGACGGUGGUCCACGUGACGCGCACCCGCCCCGAAACGGGAAAAAUCGAAGCUUGGCUCACAGAUCCUAGCGGAGAGCGAUGCGAGGAGUGCCGAGAAACCGUGAACGGAAACGACGUGGUGAUCUCCAUUCCAAGUCCCGCAAAGGUUGGUACGUGGACACUUCACUUGGAGAGCUCGAGCUCCGGCCCAGUGGAGGUGAGCGUCAGCGUCAAGUCGCAGGCCAGCAAAGACGUCGACGAGCCUAUCCGGGUCACUUGCGAAAUGAGCGGCAUGGUUGUGGACGGUCCCGACCGAGCUGUCAUUUAUGCCAAGAUUACGAAGGGAAUCAAGGUAGUACUGGACGCCGCCGUCUUCGCCACGGUCUACCGUCCCAAGGCGUCGAACGAGCAGCACACAGUCACGCUAUCGUUGCAUGACGACGGACGGGAUCCUGACAUCCAGGCCGACGACGGAACGUACAGCGGGUACUUCGUCCACUUCACGGGCAAAGGCCGCUACGCAGUCACCGCGCACGUGUCGAGCCAGAAGAGGACGCGGCUUGCCGACCCACGAAGUGGCUCUGGCAGCUUCUUCAGCACGGCAUUGUUUUCUGCGACAACAGAAGCUGUCAAGGGAACGGGCGUUAUCGAACCGGCGUCCGAGUACCCAAUCGACGACUUCGACUUCGUCAAUUCGACGGUGCAAGCCACGAGCGGCGCAGGCGAGGAGGCCGUGGAGCCAUUCCAGAGGGUGGCAUCCGGAGGGUCUUUCCAGGUGACGGUGGACAUUGUGGAGAAGCAGGUACCUCCUGGUGACAUCCGAGACCUUUUGGUAACGGGUGUACGCCCAGGCGCGAACGAUUCACUGCCUGUGGAACUCACGUGGACAUGGCCCGGAGCUCAUCUGACAUACGGGAAUGCCUCAGGCGUGGAGAUUCGAGCCAGCCGGGAGUAUGCCAAGCUAAUCUCAGAAUUCGAGAAGCAAACAGAAAUCACGGCAGACGACGUUGUGCAAGGAAAUCUCGACGCGGGACGCCCCGGUGACAAACACGUCGUCACCGUGUCCCUUUCCCGCGUUCUGUCUUCGCGUCGCCAAGACGGCGCCUUAGACUGGAGCUGCUACCUAGCAGCGCGCGUCAUAAAUUCGGACGGCCUCCGCUCCAAAACGUCGAACGUCGUUCCCGCGUCCUACACUCCACCGCCUGUGACGACCACGGUCGCUACUACCACUACACAAGCAACCACUACAGAGGCUGUUACUACACAAAGCAGCACGACCGAAGAAGCUACGACCACGGAUGUUCCCACUGCUGUUUCAUCGUCGACAGGCGUGGCGAGUAGCCAGUCGUCACGCUUCGUCAUGUCGUUCUGGGUAUGGGUUCUGAUCGCCUGCGUUGCAGCAGCAAUCGUGGUCGCCACUUUGCUGGCGAUCUUGGUCAGGAUGAACCCAUCGAAACGCGGGAUGUACCGCCUUUUUUACAGUCAUUCCAGGCAAAGGCCGCAAGCUUCAGCGUAGUUCUUACUGCUCCGCCUACCUGAGGGUGAACUGUGAUGAUACGUGCCACAACAUGCUGCUGGGCUGUUGAUUCGCACUUAUUACGGUGCAAUAGGUAGCGACACAAGGUGUGGACCAGGACAGGAAAAACACGCUUCUCUGUUCUGGUCUUACUUCCCAUUGUUUCGUGUCAUACUACACCCUAAUAGGCAAUGACACCCUCACUGCAUGUGUAAAAUUAAUGAUCUCGCUUUUUGUUGAUUUAAGGCUGGCUCAUCGUCUUUGCCGAGGAGUAAUUUUUUAAACUUUAAAUUACUCUAUGUUUCUUGCCUUCGGACUGCCCAUGAUCAAUGGACCUGAUCCUCGCAGUACAGCACAUAGGCAAAUAAUUAUCUUUAUAUCUCGUGAGGAUAUCGAUAAUACGAAAAACCAUCUUUGAAUGUUCUGUAAAUGAUUCACUGAUAUUGCGAUCUUGGCACACGGUUCCCUUUUUCAUAUAACUUCCACUUCGGCACUUAUGGUGGCCUUUCUCAGUUUAAUGAUCGCACUAGUAUAGCAUAUUUGUUUAUGUACUAAUAUUUAUAUGUUAUUUCUCUUUUUUUUCAUACCCGUUCUGAUACUGCAUUCUUUAUUUAAAGUGGGUUUGGCCAUAUUGGUUAAAAGCAUUAUCACUUUCUGUUUAAUAGACGAUGUUGCGCGCUUUUCACUGUAUAAUAAAUUGCACCACACUGUUCCUCCCUCUC